UAGGGAAAUUUUGUAUUUCGAACAAAAGUACGGUAUUGUCAAAUGCUAGGUGUAUUAUGAAUCCUAGACUUUCUAAAAUCUUCAAAUUAAUAAGUCACUACAGCAUCAAUAAUGUCUUUUAAAGUAGUCAAUUUUAAUGUUAGAAAUAAAAAUGAAUCCUCUACGCAAAUUCAGAUUUUAAAGGCGUUAUUCUCCUGUGGAAGGGAAAAGGAGGAUUUUUUGACGAGUAUAAAGAAAUACAUCUACAUCUGCAGCGAACAGUAUUUGAAAACACAUGCGCAAGAACAAUGGCCCCAGCCUAUAAUAUUCUAUCAGCCCUAUGAAGUUGAACAGAUUUUGCUACCUGAUAAUGCAAAUUGCUUGGCAGUGCAAGCUUAUUUGAAGAUGUGUGGAUUAGAAUUUCAAAUAGAGCCUCGCAGUAAUGCUGAAUAUAUGUCUCCAUCUGGACGCGUACCAUUUAUUCAGUGUGGAGCAUUUCUGGUAGCUGAAUUUGAUCCUAUUGUUGCUUUCAUAAGUAGCAAAGGGACAAGCCUCUCUGAACAAUUGUCACAAACAGACAAGGCUGACAUGAGAGCAUACAUGUCAUUAGUGAACAACGUUCUUGUAAAUAUUGAACAGUAUAUCUGUUGGGUUGAUCAAACUACCCUAAAUAGCGCUACUAAGCCUAGACAUGGAAGUGUAUAUCCUUGGCCUCUCAAUCAUGUGAUAAAUUGGCAGAAACAAAAUCAGGUCACUAAGCGGCUAAAAGUCCUUGGCUGGUAUAAUAAAACUCUAGAUGAAAUCUACAAAGAAGCUGAAAAUUGUUGCACUGCCCUUGCUGAACGCUUGGAAGGAAAGUCGUUUUUUUCUGGAGAAGACCGACCCAUGGAAUUGGAUGCUCUAGUUUUCGGACAUAUAUUCACGAUACUUACAACGCCGUUACCCAACAACACCCUGGCAAAUAUCGUAAAGAACUACCCCACUCUUAUUAAUCUAUGCAGGCGUAUCGAAAUGCAAUACUUUCAGAGAACCGAUGAUUAGAAUAAGCCAAAUUGCCCAAGUUUCAAGUACAUCGAAAUCAAAUACACAGACUGUGAAAAGGUAAAAUUUCUGUGCUAUGCUAGAAAUGUUACUACAAACAAAUACGUGCAAGGACGUGUUUGUUUAAUUCAAUAAUUGUAACAUUUCACCUAAUAAAAUAUAUAUUAGAAUAGAAUAGAAGAAUUUCUCACAGUUAGUUUAUGGAAAAACGUUAUACUUGAAACUUGAGUAAUUGAUACAUACGAUAGUAUGAUGUAGAUGAUUCAAACUUGUUAGUCUAGUUUAACAAGACUCUAUCCUGUCUUAUUAUUACUAUUUCUCAAUUAUGUAUUAUGUAUGUUUUGAAUACUAAAUUGUAAAUACAGCAUGCAGAUUUCACUUUGGA